AUGACAACCUUUGUUGGUCCUACCGUCUUCCCAUUAGCUUUUCAAAUUAAUGCUACCUUCCAGCGUCGAGAACGAGUUUUAGAAUAUUUAGCAGAGAUGAAAGCAGCCCUGAUGGAAUUACUUUUCUGUCAUAAGAAUUGGACUAAACCAGCAGGCCUUCCAAAUUCUUUUGCUCGGACAACCGCCCUAAGAUUACAAGAACUUAUCGUUAGCAUCCAUCUAUACCUUUUGCAAGAAAAGGAAAAGGAAAGGCUCUCUUUAUUACGGACAAUCUAUCACUUGCUUAGCAGCCUUAGUGAGCGUAAUGAAAUUAUCCGAGAUACUCCACUCUGUGGUGCUGGCCCUUUAUGUACAAGAGUAAUCCAUUAUCACAACUUAAUAUGCCAUUCCUUUGAAAAGCUUCGCAUUAUCCGUGAAUAUCGAUCACCUCGCAGCAUUAUGUCAUUUACCAAAGUAUUUAUCUUCAUGAUGCCAAUUUUGCUAUCUCCAACCUAUGUUUACAUUGGCAUUAAAGCUGGCUCUGACUGGGCGGCUUAUUAUGUUGCCACUUUAACUGCGUUUCUUUUCGGCUGCCUACAAGCGGUAUCUGAUGCUUUGGACGAUCCUUUCGACGGUAUUGGCCAGGAUGAUGUUAAUUUUAAACAGUUUGAAAAUUGGCCUGAAGUUUCAUUAUUGGAAUUUACUCGCAUUGGCGGCCAAGAAAAACGUGCCACUGACCAUGCUAAAGAAGACGAAACCAGGAAGCAUUUAGUUGAUCAAGAUAUAACAUAUGUUACCGAUCCAAUCGAACGAGGCGAUGCCAUCCAAACGGAUGAAAAAUGGCAUAGUAUUGGUAGAGGGAAUCUCAUGAGCUGUAGUGAUGCAAUAGGGCCAGAAGACGUUGUAGAUGAUGUUAUUCUCGAUGAUAAUAUCGACGUUGGAGAUAAAGAAUCAUUAGAAAAUCAACCUAUGGUCCAUGAUGGAAUGUAUAGUUGGACAUCACGUCAUAAUUUGGAUGAUAUUUACGACUACAUACAUGACGGUGACGAAAAUCCGCAUGGUAGUAUACCAAACAUGGAAGUGCUAAAUAUACCGAACGAUAAUGAAUCUUAUACGCAGACUAAAAGUCCAAAGAAGCAAUUACCAACUAAAGCAAAUAUCUUUGAUUCGUCCGGUAAACGACGUACGAUGACCAUGGACUUAGCUCAAAGGCCUACAAUUAGGAAAGCUAAUUCCUCUGGAGGCAUGCCUGCUCAUUGGAAUAGUCUAGGGCGCACUGUAGCAUCACCAAAUAAGCAAAGCAACGUUGAAUUAGGUAUUACAAACCUAAAUCCUCCAGAAGUGCGACGCCAAUUAUCUUAUUCUCCAACAGAUUUUUCUCGAUUUAUAUCUGUAGAUAGGACAGUUAAUACGAGUAAAUCACAAGUGAAUGGCAGAUGUGCUAGUCCCUUGCUAACCCGACCAGCUAAUUUAGAACCGAAAAGGUUAUUAUCCACUAGCCAAGUUCUACUACAAACAGAUGAAACUAUAAUCUGA